AUGGCGCCCAAGAAGACAAAGGCCGCCGACGACGACAACCUCGACGACCUCUUCUCAGGCAUUGACACCAAGCCCACAAAGACCACAAAGGCCAAGCCUACAUCUGCCGCCUCCAAGGCCAUUGCCGACCAGGACAUUCUGGCUGACCUCGAGUCCGAACUGGCCGCUGAACAGCCGUCGCGACCUCAUACACCCCGGCUCAAGGAUGCCGCCCGCCGAUCUACUGCGACACCUCCCGCUGGUGACCCUCGCAAGUCCACCGAUAGCGCACGCAGCUUGAGGGCCAGCUUCACUCCAAGUGCCACCAGCUCUGAGCUCCAUGAAGCCGAGAAGAAGCCCGCACCUGAGCCUGCGCAGCCUGCUCCUCAGCAAUCUGGCGGAGGAUGGUGGGGUGGCAUUCUGUCCACCGCCAGCGCUGCCAUGAAGCAGGCAGAGGCUGCCGUCACGCAAAUCCAGCAGAACGAGGAGGCCAAGAAGUGGGCGGACCAGGUUAAGGGCAUCAGGGGACUUGAUGUUACCACCCUCCGAACCUAUGGUGAUGAACUGCGACAUCGAGCUCUUCCCACCUUUACCAACAUCCUCCACACCCUCGCGCCCCCUAUCAGCUCCCACGAGCGACUCCUCAUCCACAUCACCCACGAUCUUGUCGGCUACCCCUCUCUUGACCCUCUCAUCCACAAUGUCUUUGGUCAUGUCAUGUCGCAGGUCGAAGGCGGUGAUCUUCUCGUCGUCCAGCGUGGCCAGGAGAGCCACUCGCGACGCAGCACCGACAACGCUGCUGGGUGGCACGAUGGUCCUUGGUGGAGGCAGGCUGAUUCUCCCCGUGAGCUUGGCUUGAUUAAGGGUCUGGCCGAGGGAACCAAGCUGUGCCGAGCCAACGCCGAAUCGUAUGCGAACGAAUACUUUGCUGCCAACGGCGGACUGGAGGAAGCCAAGCACAAGGCCACUGAAGACGUGAGCGAGAGCAACCCUGUCCGAACUUCGGACUUGUUCUUGGCCGUUCAGGCCAUCACUGUGGAUGACGACAAGACUUUGUUUGCUCGCACUGCCUCUGCUGAGAAGGAGAAGGACUCCUCCGCAGUCGAGAACCAGGAGGAGAACGAGGAGCUCAUUUGCUUCGCCGUCUUCAUCCUGGACCCUGUCCAUGACAUUGAGUUUUACACGGUCAGCCAGACUGUCCCCGCUCGAUGGGUUCAGUGGCUUGAUUCUGCUGGUCCCCUCACCCCUCGCUCCGGUGAGGAGGGUGAUGUAUCGGAAAUCAACAUUCCCGAGGAGAUUAGAGAUAUCAUUGAAAGCGGUGGUGUCGACCCUCGAGAGUGGGUUGCUGAGUGGCUUGAGGAGCUUCUGAACCUCUCGGUUGGCAUUGUUGCCCAGAGAUAUGUUGCUCGCCGCAUGGGCGUCGGUGAGGGUGGCCUGGGCAAGGGCAAGAGGAGGAUGGAGGACCUGGUUCAGGACAAUGCCGGUGAGGCAGCUCGGGCUGGUGUGAUCUGA